AUGGAGGGGGGUAAAGCAAUGGUCAUUGAAUCGAACCUUCCAAAAUAUAUUGACGAAUAUAUGAAGUCUUGUGUUGAUGAUGUGGAUGACCGGAUGGCUAUGAAAUCUAAAAUCAAAAGAAUUUACAGGUAAAUUUACGUUCAUAUUGAAAUUUGUUACAGGUGGACCAAGGUUUUGGGGAAACGAACAGUAAGGAAUGCUCUAAAAAUCAUUGAUGGUAAAAGAAUUGCCGUCUUCCAUGAUGAAGGAGGUCGAAGGCCUUCGUUCUUCAAAGUGGGAAACGAAACUAGCUGGCAUCCGGUGAAUAAGAUUCGUAUGAAUGCUGGACAUUGUAACUGCUAUUUCUUCAGAGAGAUCGGUACGUUUUAUCUGCUUUGUUAUCUUUGUUUUAGUGAUGACGGAGUCCAAGGCAUAUCUGGUAUGAUUUGUGAGAGAUGUUCUAAUACCCUGAAUUAUAGUGUCAGCAUCUGACGGCCUUGAGGAUUGUGCAUGCUCUGAACAUCAAGUAUUACUCUACCACAAAAGAUCUUACGAAAGAAAUAUAA